AUGGAGCGACAACCCGAGAUCACGCUGUUCAAUUUCGAAACCAUUGACUGGCUCUUGGAGUCGGUGGUUGAUCGAACCUCUGCGGCCACCAUCCGCAGGAAACUCCUUCACGCCUAUCAAAUCGUUGAGCAGAAGGAUGCCAGCGCGAUAGAGACGCUUCGGCAGGCAGAGGCUCUGAUGUCACAAGCCGACGACAGGUCGAGGCUUCUCGAGGAUGAGCGGAAUGCUCUCCUCGAAGAGAAGGAAAAGUUGCUUCGAGAUGCAAAGCAGCUUACCAGUUUACCUGAGACUAUAGAUAGCCUCACGUCAACCUUGUCCUCUGCGGCAAAGGAAACCCGAGACCGUAUGGCCCAGUCUCUGGAAGAGAUGACCAAUGCCACCAGAUCGCACCAGAGAUCAAUUGACACCUCGUCUGGUGAGACCUCCAAGGCCAUCCGAGACAUCAAAGCCGUCGGAGAGAGCCUUGACACAACCUUGAGUGGGCUCAAUGAGAGGUUCCAGCACAGCUUGAAGCCGGAGCACGUUGCCGAGUUGACUAAUGGCUUCACAGACAGUGUGAAAACACUGACUGAGUCAAUUAAAGGCAUCCCGGCGAAUGUGCGUGCAGGGCUAAGGGAUGAGAUGACCCUCGAGAGUUUCCUCAAGCCAUUUGAGCUUCGCGAUAAGUUGAGCCUCAAAGAGGAGGAGCUCAAGAAGGCAUAUGUGGAAAAUCAGCGACUGAUAGAUCAGUUGCAGACACUCAGAGGCUCCAAGGCCGAAGUAGAUCUUCUCCUCCAACAGGAGAAAGACAGAGUCGGCCGGAGGAACCAGUACGUCUCGCAGCUGCAAUCGGAGUUAGAAGUUGCCGAGAAGCAGGCUGAGGACAUCCCUGAGCUGCAUCGACAGCUACAGGAGGCCAGGACGGAGGCCGGUCAGAUCCCUGAGAUGCAGCGACAGAUGCAGGAGAUUAUGGCGGAGGCUGAGCGUGCCAGGUCUCUCUCUACCGAUCUAGACGAGCUCAAUUGUCUGUACGACGUCGCUCAGGAGAAAAUUCGCUCUCUGGGUGAGCGGCUCGAUAGCCAGACAAAUCGAAUCCUACAGCUUGAAGAACGGGAGACAAAGACCCAGCAGCGCGCGCGGGAUUUGGAGGAGUCAAGAUCCAACUUUGAGGCACAGAUCGAACAGCUGACAGAGAAUCUCGCGGAUGCCCAAACCCUUCACCAGGAGGCCAAGGAGUCCCUUCAAGGACGGCUCGAAGACAAGGUCGAGCUCCUGAAUUCCAAGGAUUGGGAGCUCGAUAAUCUGCGCAGGGAUCUGGGCGACACGAGACAGCUCCAAGAACGUUUGAGGGAGGCAAAUGCUCAGGUUCAGGACCUUGCCAAUCAGGCUAGAGUUUCUAACUCUAAUGCCGCCACUUACCUUCAAGACUUCAGUAGCUCUUUGGCCCGUGAAAAUUUCCUCAGGGAUAAGCUUGACGAAGCUACUGGCGAGGUUCAGACCCUGGAAGCUGAGCUAGAAAAUGCCCUGAGGCUCUCCUCCGAUGCUGAGACGGAGAGGCAAGACCUUGGCAGGCAGUUGACUGAUGCAAAGACCAAGCUCACAGAGCUGGAGGGUCAACUAACCCGAGAGACUCAGCGAUCACUCCGGAUCCCUGAAGGCAGUCUUGGAGAACUUGCCAGCAUGUAUGCUGAACUUGCUCGCGAGGUGGUAGAUUUGCCGAUCUUAUCCCAGGCACUUGCUCCAUACGACUUCAGAACGCUCGCGCUCGCGAUAGCUCCCUUGCUCUUCCGACUCGAGUCAAAGACGGAACUCGGCGUCUUUCUCGAUUCCGGGUCAUCAGAAUGGCACUGCCUAGAGAACGUUUUAGAUGGCAUGCCAAGGCCCGAGGCAAUAAGUCGACGUAAAUGCACCGAUCAUGAGACUGAAUGUGUGCUUGUCAGAGUGGCAACAUCUGGACAGCGGGCCGUAUUGGAGUUCUACCUCCACUAA